UUAUUGUGUACGUGAAGAUUGUAUUCAUUUAUUUUUGUUUGUAACACUACUCCUUGGCAAAGGUCCAUAGUAUUGUAAACGAUGUAUUAUAUUUGUUAUAUUUUUAUGUAGUAGCAUCUGCAUUCCGUGAAAACUCAAAGUCCCACAAUGCAGUGUAAACGACUGGGUAAAUCGCGCCUGCGCGGUAAGCAAUCCCUCUUUGGACCUACGUCUCCACUGAAACAAUGGCCAAGCGUACCAAGAAGGUGGGGAUCGUUGGUAAAUAUGGCACGCGUUAUGGCGCGUCGCUGAGGAAGAUGGUGAAGAAAAUUGAAAUCUCCCAGCACGCUAAAUACACCUGCUCAUUCUGUGGCAAGACCAAGAUGAAGAGGAGGGCUGUUGGUAUCUGGCACUGUGGGUCCUGCAGAAAGACCGUGGCAGGAGGCGCCUGGACUUACAACACAACUUCAGCUGUCACAGUCAAAUCUGCAAUCAGGAGACUGAAGGAGUUGAAGGACCAGUAAACCAGUGUCAAAAGUCACUGGUGGAUUUGGGACUUUUUCUGUAAACGACCUGGACACGGCCUCAAUAUGUCAAAUAAAUCAGUCUGGAGCGGAA